GUUAGCAGAUAUUCAAAAUGCCUUCAGGACAGGGAGCCGGUACAAACCCCAUCCACAACAAGAAGCCCAAGAAGAAGCCCGCUCAAGACCUCGACGAGGAGGACCUUGCCUUCAAGGCCAAGCAGCAAGCCGACAAGAAGGCCCGCGAGGAAAUGGCCGGCAAGGCCAAGGGCAAGGGCCCCAUGAACACCGGGCAGCAGGGCAUCAAGAAGUCCGGCAAGAAAUAAGCAGCUCACCCACCGAGAGCGAGGGACAGAGCGACACAGAGAUACCAUGGGAUUGGAGUCAUGAUUUGGAAGACGUUCUUCGAACAGACACAGAGCACAUAGACAGUCACGAAUGCACGGGAAAUGACCAUCAAACCAUGAGCCUGCAAAACGGGCAAUAUGU